AUGACCUCUCCGCUUGUUUCACGCCUGUUUCCUCUCCGCCUUCCAGCCCAUCCCCCGGCUGGGCCAGUCACAGAUGGUCCUCCUGAUGCGGAUACUGAUGGCUCUGUGGAUGACGAGGCCAUGGACGUAGAAGCCGAGAUCGCUGCUCGCGAUGGGGGUGAAGUUUUCCCGACUAUUCUCAUUGGUCCGGGUUCUACUCCAGCGCGACAACCUCGGCUCCGUCUCCGUCACUUGAGCGAGGAGGAGCAGGAUAUUGCUGCUGCUGCGGUACAGCACUUUGCGGAUGUCAUGGCGAGCAAGAUUACGGAUGCGGACAGUUGGAUAUCUGGUGAGGGAUACAUCUCGGCCAUCCCAGACCGGCUUCGCGAAGUGCUGCUGCCAUUCUCGGUGUCACCAAUGGGUACUUCAAGCUCGAGAGACAACUGUCCUCGCCAACGCCCACCUCGCGUGACGCGUACGCAGCGCGAACAUCGGUUGGAUGAGGCCCUUGAUGACAUGCAAGCGACGCAACAGGCGGUACCGAGUGACCGUCGCGCGGUCCGGAAGUCUCGCCGCCGCGUGGGUAGAAUACGAGCGUCUAUGGCUCAACUCGAGUUGCGUCGCCGCUUUGCGCAAGACGAAGCCAAGUGUGUUUCCUCUAUCCUCGAUGGUGCCUCUGCCGAAUCUGCGGGUGUCGAGCACCCCGAUACAUGUCCUAUUGGACGGGAGGAGCUUCACCAGCACUUCGUCGGCACGAGUUCCGCUCCUACCGCUUUUGAUUACGAUGCUGACUGCGGACAGGAAUUCCGGGAUGUUCUGAAUGGGUUCCCACGGACGCUUCUGGGUGAUGAUUGCUUUUCCGAGGCUUUUUCGAUGGACGAAGUGGAGGACCAGCUGUUGAGGGUAACUAAAACGUCCAGCCCCGGGCACGAUGGGGUUGGCUAUGAUGUUUACAGCCAGUUUGCCCCGCAGUUGGUACCCCUUCUGCAUACCGCUUACCGAUUCUGCUGGCUACAUCGGAUGAUACCUCGACUCUGGAAGGUGGGCAUGGUCCGCUUGGUUCACAAGAAAGGCGACCCGCUGCAACCUACGAACUGGAGGCCAAUUUGCUUACAGCCCGCUAUAUACAAACUCUACAGCGGGUUGCUGGCCAGGCGGCUGUCGUGCUGGUUGGAACUUAACCACCGGUUGCCCAUGGCGCAAAAAGGGGUUUCGAGAGUUUAA